AUGUAUCUCUUAUGGAGAAUCGGAUGGCUACUGCUCUGCCUGGCUGCCGCAACAGGUUAUGUUGAAUGCCAUCAACAAAAGCCUCUCGGUGACCAGAAACCACUCAGCUAUCCCACUUUCACCAUCCGCGAGCAAAAAGAUGAGCUCUGCGAUGCAGGUUCUCGGUUCUGGACCGGCACCGUCAAUAUCACUGCUGACAAAUCCAUGUUCUUUUGGUUCUUUGAGAGUCGUCGUGACCCCGAGACGGAUCCUUUGGUUCUCUGGAUGAGCGGUGGACCGGGUGCGACAGGAGAAUUGGGCUUAACUAUGGGAAGCGGCCCUUGCGUCGUCAACGCUGAUGGCAACUCUACAAGUCGCCGCAAAUUCUCUUUCACAGACCGAGCCAAUGUUGUUUAUAUCGAUCAACCAAUUGGUGUGGGAUUCUCACAUAUAACUAAUCGCGACGAUAUUGCCGUCACCCUACAACAAGGCGCCCGCGAUGUUUACUCUUUCCUGUCGCACCUAUCGACAAACGUUUUUCCCAAUCUGUCCGGUCGCUCUUGGAACUUGGCCGGUGAAUCGAUGGGCGGCCACUAUGUUCUUGGUUAUGCGCACUAUAUGGCUUCCCUUGAAGGCCAGACGUCACUUAUUAACAUUUCCUCUAUCGUGAUUAUAGAUGGUUACGUGGACGCAUCACGUCAAAGUGUAGGGUAUUAUGACUUCUUCUGUACUGACUGGGCCCUAGACGGCCGCAAGGCGCCUCUGAUGAAUGAGUCGGCCUGUGCGGAUAUGGCCGCCGCUGUCCCUUCUUGUGAACUGCUAGGCAGUUACUGCCGCGAAUCUUAUGAUCUGCUAGUGUGCGGGCAAGCAUUUUCGGCCUGUGAGGAAACAGUGGGUGAGCAUUUCCUCAGUGGAGUUGUUCCUGGAGGAUGGGAUCCUUAUGAUGGUCGCCAUACCUGCGAGAGUCCCCCUCUAUGCUCAAACUUCGCUCAUGGGCGCUCUUGGAAGUUCUUCAAUCAACCUUGGGUUCAAGAACAGCUUGGACAGCCUUACUCCCAAUUCGAGCUCAUCGAUUUCGAUACCGGGAUGCGUUGGCAUCGCGCAAAGAGUCUCUUUUUGCCAGUCACACGAGAAAUGACUUGGCUCCUCGACAAUACAUGUAUUCGAAUUUUGGUGAUUAAUGGAAAUAAUGAUAUUAUCAUUAAUACACCUGGUCAAAUGCGAAUGUUGGACGAGCAGCCUUGGCAUGGCCAGGCACGCUACCGAAGCCAGGUUUACCAAGACUGGUAUUUUGGAACAGGAGACAUCACGUCGGAUGUCCAAGGUUGGGAUGUGAAACGGGGCGGGUUUUGGAAGGGAACAGAACGUCUAGCGCUGUAUGCCAUUGAUGAAGCUGGGCAUUUCGCACCCUAUCACCAGCCUGAAGCAGUGGGUGCCGUGCUAAGAACUUGGCUUGGCACUUCAGACAACGCAGAUCAAAGAGCUUCUGGAUAA